AUGGGUCAGGUGUGGGGAAGGCUCAAGGCAGACGAGGUCACCAAACCUGGAGAGCUUGCGCCAGGCGACAUCGCCCAACGGGAGUUGCCCUUGUUGGCAUUGAAAGUACAAGUAUCGACUACACGGGAGGAACGAGAGGGAGAUGAGGUUCCCAAUCUCUCUAGGCAAUCGACACAUUUGCCAGAGAAUGAUUCCCAGAGCUUUGUGACUCUCACUGAGGCUGUGACCCUUCAGACUAGACAGGACACAAUGGACACGGGGACUGGAUCCAAUGUUUCGACUCCACUUCCUCGACCCAUUCCCAAGCACGCAGCACGGUCCCUCGUGUCUGCUCGUAGCCAUGCUGAUGAUCCUGUUCUAUGGUCUUCUAUGUUUUAG